AUGCCCAUGCGGCCACUCUCAGGGAAAACGGGAGGGAACGGUCGCGUGAACGUGUACGCGCGUGUGCGUGCCUUUGCUGCGAAUGAGACGGCGGAGGACCAGCGACAGUUGGCGGUGCGCAUGAAGGAUGAAACGGUUGAUGUUAUGGUGCCGCAGAAGGGUCGUUUCACUUUCACCUUUGACGGGGUAUUCUGGAGCAACGAAGCCGCCGGUACGAAGCCGUUCUCCAGCCAGGAGGACGUCUUUGAGGUCAUUGGCAGACCCCUAGUGGAGAAUGCCUUGGCCGGGUACAACGCCGCCAUCAUGGCGUACGGGCAAACCGGCAGCGGCAAGACAUACACGGCGUUUGGCCCCGCCAACUCUCUUGGCACCGCCGAGGAGGGUCUGAUUCCUCGCGUGUGUGAGAUGAUCUUCUCCCGCGCGGCCGCCGCCUCGCAGAAAGGGGUGACGUACCGCGUGUGUGCGUCCAUGCUGGAGGUCUACCUCGAGGACGUCUUUGACCUGCUGAACCAUCGCAAGAUGGUCUCUAUUCGCAAUAACUACACCGAUAACUCCUUCCACGUGGUUGGCGCAAAGUCCAUUCCCGUCCGAAGCUACGAGGAUGUUGCCGUGCUCUUGCGGAAGGCGGAGCCGCUGCGCACGUUUGCGGCCACCGCCGUGCACGACCGCUCCUCCCGCGCCCACACCCUCUUCCAGCUGGAGGUGCAGACCUCCUUCGAGUCGACAGACAUCGUCCCCCGCAUCUCCAAGUUACUUCUUGCGGACCUCGCCGGCGCUGAGCGCAUCAAAAUCGCCCAAACCGAGACUGGGCUUCCGUUUGAGCAGGCACGCAACAUCAACCUCUCGCUGCUCGCGCUGGGCUCCUGCAUCGAGGCGGUGGCGACGCGCAAGGGCUACAAUCAAAAUAUUCCAGAGUUCCGCAACAGCACCCUGACGAGGCUGCUAAAGGAGUACCUUGGAGGCAACAGUGUCUCCGCGAUGGUGGUGACCAUCGCACCAAGCACCCGCGACGCCCACCUCAGCGUGCAGUCACUCCGCUUCGCGGACCGCGCAAAGCAGAUGACCACCCACGCGAAGAUCAACACCGUGAAGCCGAUUGAUGCCACGGACGAGGGCGCGGCGAAGCUGAGUGGGGAGCUCCGCGACGCCUACCUCAAGAAGAAGGAGGCGCUCUACGCCGAGUACCAGCUGCAGAACACCAUUAGCGAGCUUCUCAAGAAAAUCGCCAUCCUUGGGGCACAGCUUAUGGAGGCCACCAAUGAAGAUGUAGUCGCCCGCCUGCAGGAGGAAAUUGAAGAGCUUCAGAAGACUCUGGCGGAGGCUGACGCCCAGCUGCAGGAGCAACGACGCAUCCUCUACCCCAACGAGGUUGUCCUUGAGGAACAACUCAAGGAGGUGGAAACAAAGAUGCAGGAGAUGCGGGAGGAGCAUGAGGAGGCCAUGGAAAGCCUCAUGACGGAGGAUCUUCGCAAGUACACUGAUCAGAUGAAGGCAAAGGAAUUCCACCACAGUGAGGCAAUGACCUCCAUGCAAACCGAUCACAAUAAUGAGGUGUCCAGGUUGCAGCAACUGCUCGACGAAGCCAACGCCUCAAAUCAGCAGCUCACGGCGUCGCUGACAGAAACAAAGGAUGAACUCCGCAGAGCCGAUGAGAGCCUGGAAGAAAUGCAGUCUGCGUUCGGUGAGCUCGAGGAAAUUUCCACAGCCAUGAGGACCAAGCUAGAGGGACAGAUUCAGCAGCUACGCUCCGAACUUGCGGAUCGUGAAGAGAAAUUGGAAGAAAUGAACACCGUCACAAGAGAUCUCGAGGAGCGGCACGCCGACGACGCCCAAGCCGCGCAGGAGAAGCAGGCAGAGCUGGAGGGCCUGAUUGCGCAGCUGCAGGGCGACGUGGCUGAGCGUGACCAGAAGCUGGAGGAGCUGUUGGCCGCACACAAGGAACUCGAGGAGCGGCACGCCGACGACGCCCAAGCCGCGCAGGAGAAGCAGGCAGAGCUGGAGGGCC